GUCAGUCAUCGCUGCUGGUCCUCCGCUCUCUUUCGGUCCAACCCUCCCAGAUUGUUCUCCUGACGCUGCGGGAUACAGCAAUGGCUUCUGAAGGCUCCAAGGACCUGCCCGUCAGGCCGGCGGCCGACGCCAAACCUGCCGGUGGCGCCGGAUCUCUCCCCGAUUUCAUGAUCGAACGGAACAAUUUUUUUGAGGAGUUGUGGCAGCAGUAUCUCGAGGAAACCAAGAACCGCCCUCACCCCGACAUCAAGGUCUCAAUUGAACUCGGUGAUGGAAACACCCUGGAUGUCACCGCCAAGGCCUGGGAGACCACCCCCGCACAGCUUCUGAAGAACGUCCCCAAGGAGUUGAGCGCCAACAUCGUCCUCGCCAGGGUUGGAAAGGAUCUCUGGGAUCUGGGCCGUCCCCUGGAGGGCGAUUGUACCGUCUCUUAUGUCCCCUUUGACCACCCCGAGGGACGGGAGGUCUUCUGGCACUCCAGCGCGCACUGCCUCGGUGAGGCCUGCGAAUGCGAAUACGGAUGUCUUCUUUCGCACGGACCUCCGACCCCGCAAGGUUUCUUCUACGACAUGGCCAUGCCUGACAACCGUGUCGUCAAGGAGAGCGACUGGUCCUCGCUGGACAAGGGCGCAAACCGCAUCUUCAAGGAGAAGCAGAGCUUCGACAGACUGGAGGUCACGAAAGAGAACCUCAAGAAGAUGUUUGCCUACAGCAAGUACAAGUUGCACUACAUCGACAAGCUGGUGACCGGAGAGAAGAGCACUGUGUACCGGUGUGGUACUUUGGUCGAUCUCUGCAGGGGUCCCCACAUCCAGAGCACUGGCAAAAUCAAGACUUUCAAGAUCAUGCAGAACUCUUCUGCUUACUUCCUCGGUGACCAAACCAACGACUCGUUGCAGCGUAUCCGCGGUGUUGCUUUCCCCGACAAGAAGCAGAUGCAGGAGCACCUGAAGUUCCUGGAGGAGGCCGAGAAGCGCAACCACUUGAAGAUCGGUAAGGAGCAGGAGCUUUUCUUCUUCGAUGAGGUGUCUCCGGGAUGUCCUUUCCUCCUUCCCAACGGUACCAAGAUCUUCAACGCCCUUCAGUCCCUUCUGCGCACGGAGUACCGUAAGCGGGGCUACCAGGAGGUCCAGACCCCCAACAUGUACGAUGUGGGCCUUUGGAAGACGUCUGGCCACUGGGCUCACUACAAGGAUGACAUGUUCAAGAUUGACGUCGAGAAGAAGGAGUGGGCCCUGAAGCCCAUGAACUGCCCCGGCCACUUUGUCCUCUUCGGUCACCGUGAGCGGAGUUACAGAGAGCUUCCUCUGAGAAUUGCGGACUUUGGUGUCUUGCACAGAAACGAGGCCUCCGGUGCCCUCAGUGGCCUGACCCGUGUCCGCAAGUUCCAGCAGGAUGACACGCACAUUUUCUGUACUCAGGACCAGAUCAUGUCCGAAAUCGAGGGUCUGUUUGACUUCUUGCAGUCCAUCUACGGACUGUUCGGCUUCACUUUCAAGCUGAAGCUUUCCACCCGCCCCGAGAAGUACUUGGGUGAGCUGGAGACCUGGAACGAGGCCGAGGCGCAGCUCAAGGCUGCCAUGACCAAGUUCAAGGGCAAUGACUGGAUCAUUGAUGAGGGUGAUGGUGCUUUCUACGGACCCAAGAUCGACAUUACUAUUGCCGAUGCUCUCAAGCGAGAGUUCCAGUGCGCGACCAUUCAGCUCGACUACCAGGCUCCCAUCAACUUCAAGCUCGAGUACAUGUCGAACGAGAAGGGUGAGAAGGCCGUAAUGACCGAGGAUAGCGAGGCCAAGCCUAACGAGCCCGGUCCUGGCCGCGCCCGCCCGGUUGUCAUCCACCGUGCCAUCAUCGGCAGUUUCGAGCGUUUCCUUGGAAUCUUGAUCGAGCACUUUGGCGGCAAGUGGCCCUUCUGGAUCAGCCCUCGCCAGAUCCUGAUCGUGCCCGUUAUGCCUGCCGUGAACGACUACGUGGAGGAGCUGCAGAGCAUCUUGCGCCAGGAUAAGCUGAACGUGGACAUCGACAUCAGCGGAAACACCAUGCAGAAGAAGAUCCGUACUGGACAGCUGCACCAGUACAACUUCAUCUUUGUUGUCGGCGCCCAAGAAAAGGAGUCUCGCACGGUGAACAUCCGUAACCGUGAUGACCCGGCUACCCAGAAGAUGGGUGUCAUGGUUCCUCUGGAAGAGGCUCGCCAGAAGCUGAAGGCUCUGCGGAAGGAGCGGAGACUGGUCAACGCUCUGUGAACGGAAUUGCAUUGUGGAUUAUUUGCAUGAGAAGAUCUACGUGUCACUAUACCAUGGCUUAGAUACUAGAUCGUGUGAGGUCAUGAGGGCAUUAUUGAUGUUUGAUUUAGCAUGACAUAAAAAGAAAGACCAAGAUCCUAGACUGCACGAAGUGACGAGACGGCGUUACAUUUGAUUGACGGCGAAUCGUAUAUGAUUUU